GCUCAACCAAAAAACAGAAAGAAACCCCCCAGACAAACCCAGAAACCCCACCGCCCUUCCCCCUCCAUCCCACUUCGCCGGAAUCUGAUGAAGCCCUAAUAGUUAACUCCGAGAGCUCUCAAGCUCUCUAAUUUUCUUAUUUUUAUUCUUGCCUGGCAUUGCUUCUGGUUUAUAGGGUUUUAAAGGGUCUCCUAUAAGCUGAUAGGGAGGGAGGGAGGGAGGGAUAAAGAUAUUACUCUUACAUAUAUCGAGAAAUGUACGUGGUGCCGCCACCUCAGCGUUCCGAUCUGGGAUCGGCUGGGGGAGCGUCCGGUGAUUUACGGGUCUAUCAAACUUGGAAAGGCAGUAAUGGGCUCUUUACUCUUGUUAUCUGGUCCGACUUGCAAAAGUUCGAGAUUUUUUUUAACAAGGAAAGUAGAGGAGGGAAAAAGGGAAAAGAAAGUCCUUCUGAACUAAAUGAGAUAUUUUUUCUUCAGGGGAGGUUUAUAUUUGGACCAGAUGUAAGAUCACUUGUGCUGACCAUAUUUCUGAUUGUUGCUCCAGUUGCAGUUUUCUGCAUCUUUGUCGCUAGAAAACUGAUGGAUGAUUUUUCUGAUCACUUGGGAAUAUCAAUAAUGGUUGUUGCUGUUGUAUUCACUGUAUAUGAUUUAGUUCUUCUCCUCCUAACCUCUGGACGAGAUCCUGGCAUAAUUCCCCGCAAUGCACAUCCUCCGGAACCAGAAGGCUUUGAUGGAACUGCAGAUGUUGGUGCUGGACAAACUCCACAGUUACGUUUGCCACGCAUUAAGGAGGUAGAGGUCAAUGGAGCAGUUGUGAAGAUCAAGUAUUGUGAUACUUGCAUGCUUUACAGACCUCCUCGCUGUUCACACUGUUCAAUAUGCAAUAACUGCGUAGAACGAUUUGACCAUCACUGUCCUUGGGUUGGACAAUGUAUUGGGCUGAGAAAUUAUCGAUUCUUCUUCAUGUUUGUCUUCUCAACAACCCUUCUUUGUAUAUAUGUUUUUGUGUUCUGCUGGGUCUACAUUAGGAGGAUCAUGUCUUCUGAGCACACAUCAAUUUUGAAAGCAAUGAUCAAAACCCCUGCCUCCAUUGUGCUAAUAGUUUACACUUUCAUAUCAAUGUGGUUUGUCGGUGGCCUUACUGCCUUCCAUUUAUAUCUCAUCGGUACUAAUCAAACUACUUAUGAGAAUUUUAGAUACCGAUAUGAUAGGAGGGCAAAUCCUUAUAAUAAAGGUGUGGUUGAGAACUUUAAAGAAAUCUUUUGCUCCGCUAUUCCUUUGUCCAAGAACAAUUUCAGGGCAAAGGUGCCAAGAGAGCCUGCAUUACCAACUCGGCCAAUUGGUGGAGGUUUCAUGAGUCCUAAUAUGGGAAAAGCUGUGGAUGACAUAGAAAUGGGCAGGAAAACUGUGUGGGGAGAUAUGGGUGCUAUGGCUGAUAAUGUUGAGGGGCAAGUCACAAACAAUGAUCGCUUGAACAUAAAGGAUGGUAAUUUAAGUGAAUUAUCCCCGGAAGUGAGGACUGCAGUGGAGGAAGGGGACCAUGGUGGAAUACAUCCAAGAAGAUCUAGCUGGGGAAGAAAAAGUGGAAGCUGGGACAUGUCACCUGAAGUUCUUGCUUUGGCAGCCAGAGUAAGGGAACCAAACCAUGUGGGUGGGAGUAGCAGUGGUAGCUUGACAACUGAGAAACGAGUUUCAUAGAACCAAGUUUCGAUAGAUCAGUUGAGUACAAGUUGGGACCACUUGAGUCCAAGCUCCAAGCUAAGAUUUGCAAUGUUGGGGAACCUUUUUAGCUGGGUGUUUGGAAGCAUUGGUUUGGCUAUUGUUCAUGUAGCGGGUGUGAUGGAGUGAUGUAUUGUUGUACUAGUGAGAUUGCUUCUUUUUCAAGUUUUAGUUUGUAUUUGUGGAAUUAGAUGGCAUAUAAUUUGAUUUCAGUUCACUUGUGUAACCACUUACUGUUGUUUUAUGUCCCUCUCCAAUGUGGGGACACCAAGUUCAACUGCCAUCCUUACUGACUCCCUAUUAAGUAGCUUGUGGAUUGCUGUAUUAUUAAUGAAUGGGUCAUGUAGAGCUAAAUUGGACCAUGCCAUAAUUUGUUUGAA